ACACCGUUUACUUCGUGUCAAAUGUUAAAGUAAAUAUCUAUGAGUAAAUAUAGAAAUUUAGGUUAUGUUAUGAAAAACGAUAUAAUUUUUAAAGCUUCAUAAAUAAAAUUACUAAUAUAUAUUAAAUUUAAUAUCGCAAAGAUGAAUUUGUUACGAAAAGGAAUGUCGAUGUUGUCUAUUGGAUUAAAAUCGCAUUGUUCUUCAUAUAGCGCUACGAAGUCUUUAGUACAUCGGCCUGCUCCCCUAACUGAACUCCUAACUAGUCUAAAUUUCCAAACAACAUUAUCAAAAUCGAUGGCGUCUCUAGCUCAGAUGCACAGGACAGGUCCGCAUAUCAAGAAACGGAAGUCCAGAAAUCCUCUCAAUGGAAAUCCUUUUGCCAAGGGUGUUAUUCUGAAAACUUUAAUCAAGAAACCCAAGAAACCGAACUCGGCUAACCGUAAAUGUGUGCUCGUCCGUCUAUCAAGUGGACGUGAGAUGAUCGCGUACGUACCUGGUAUCGGACACAACUUACAGGAACAUAAUAUUGUAUUAGUUAGAGUCGGCAGGGUUAAAGAUUGUCCCGGAGUGAAACUGAAAUGCGUCCGCGGUAAAUUCGAUUUACCCCACGUCGUCAAACCGAAAAAUUAAUAAAUCAUUUAAUUCGUAGUUAAAAUAUAUAAUAGUAUAAGCA